CGCGCAGUGCUCGGGCCAGAGCUCGAGGCGCUGCUUACCGUCGCCUGAGCCAGGAGACGCCGCGGCCGCCGCUUGGUCGCCUCGGGCUUCGCGUCGCGCCGAGUCUGCCUCCUCUGCCCCACCCGAUCGGCAGCACCGGCUCCACCUGGCCCGCGGCCUCGCUGUCCGUGGCAGGGCAGGUGUUUUCGCUGCGGGGAACCCCUGCUCUGCCCUCUGGUAGCUGGCUGCUGGCUCCUGACCCUGAGCUCCUGUUGAAGCUGGGAAGGGGAUGAGAAUAGGAUGGACAGUCUCUCCUCGGGGAGCAGGUGGGCUGGCAGGACAGGCGUCCCCAGGCCGGGAGAAGGAGGCGCUCCCAGGUAGGUGAGCUCCAGAGAAGCCAGCCCUGCCAGAGACCUCCAUUUUUGGUGGAUGGUGCUCUGAGCGACAGUGUGCUUCAGCAUUUGGAUCUAUGGACCUGCUUUGAACCAUAGAGCCUGCCUAUGGGGGAAGCCAGAGGUCCUCACCGGGAUGCUACCUUUUUGCUGUUUGGAACUUCCAGCCAUCAGCACCAUGAGCCAGGUGACGCCAUCUGGGCCCCAUCCAUCCUUCCUCACAGCACCCUCAGCACCUUAAGCCACCACCCUGAGCUAUAUUUUGGAGGAAAGAUGGAAUCUAAGGUCUCAGAAGGUGGCCUGAACGUAACCCUGACCAUCCGCCUACUGAUGCAUGGAAAGGAAGUUGGAAGCAUCAUUGGGAAGAAAGGAGAAACAGUGAAGAAGAUGCGUGAAGAGAGUGGCGCCAGGAUCAACAUCUCAGAGGGAAACUGCCCAGAGAGAAUUGUCACCAUCACAGGCCCGACCGAUGCCAUCUUCAAGGCCUUUGCUAUGAUAGCAUACAAGUUUGAGGAGGACAUCAUUAAUUCCAUGAGCAACAGCCCUGCCACCAGCAAGCCCCCAGUGACAUUGCGACUAGUGGUGCCUGCCAGCCAGUGUGGGUCCUUGAUCGGGAAAGGUGGCUCUAAGAUCAAGGAAAUCCGGGAGUCCACAGGUGCUCAGGUCCAGGUGGCAGGUGACAUGCUGCCCAACUCCACAGAGCGGGCAGUGACUAUCUCAGGGACCCCAGAUGCCAUCAUCCAGUGUGUGAAGCAGAUCUGUGUGGUCAUGCUGGAGUCCCCACCGAAAGGUGCCACCAUUCCCUACCGCCCAAAGCCCGCCUCCACCCCUGUCAUUUUUGCAGGUGGUCAGGUAAGAGCCGACCCGCUCGCGGCCUCCACUGCCAACCUCAGCCUUUUACUGCAGCACCCGCCGCUGCCCGCCUACACAAUCCAGGGACAGUACGCCAUCCCCCACCCAGAUCAGUUGACCAAGCUCCACCAGUUGGCCAUGCAGCAAACCCCCUUUCCUCCCCUCGGACAGACCAACCCCGCUUUCCCCGGAGAAAAGCUGCCUUUACACUCCUCCGAAGAAGCUCAAAAUCUGAUGGGCCAGUCGUCAGGUCUGGAUGCCAGCCCCCCGGCCAGCACUCAUGAGCUCACCAUUCCCAAUGAUCUUAUAGGCUGCAUAAUUGGACGCCAGGGCACCAAAAUCAAUGAAAUCCGACAGAUGUCUGGAGCUCAGAUCAAAAUCGCCAAUGCCACCGAAGGGUCGUCAGAGCGUCAGAUUACCAUCACAGGGACCCCAGCCAACAUCAGCCUUGCCCAAUAUCUCAUCAACGCUAGGCUGACGUCUGAGGUCACCGGGAUGGGUGCACUCUAACCUACCCAAGAUCCUCCAUUCCACACAUCGGAUGGCUCCAGCCUGCAGCCUCACCAGCUGGCACACUGUACAGACUGCCUGUCCUUCCUUGCAGAUAUGAAUAGAGCGUUUUCUGUACAGAUGAUAGUGCGUGUCUGCCCACUCAGGCCCUGUGCGCUCCAUAUUAGUGUAGCCUCCACGCAUUGGCAUGCAGCUCUUUACUUUAUGCCCAGCGUCUUCCCAGAUGUGAUGUUUCAGAGAUUUAUUCCUCAGUAUCCAUGUGACUAUCUGUUUAAAAGUUGGUUUGAUGCUUUCACAGCACUUCCUGUGUCCUGCUGUCCCUUGUUCUCAGAGACCCUCCUCUCUCACAUGUCUAGUGACUCAUUCCCACCCUAGGUUGUACGCAGGGAUCAGAGGUACUUUUCUUGCAACCUUCAGGGAGCAUUUGGGAGAGGAGGGACUUGGGGGGGUAUCUAAGGAGCAAGGUGGAGUGCCAGAGGGUGUGGUGGGACCCUUGCUUCACUGGGAUAUCUCGGGGAGGGGGCACUUGUGGCCCCCAUGUGUCUUCCAAGAUGGCUAAGAACAAGGACUUACCAGAAAGUUCAUCUGCACCCAUCAGAGUUCAAUAAAUGUCGUGUUCCUCCCA